CGUGGCGGGGGCUAGAUGGACGAGUCUGAGAAAGUGAGCGAGAGUGCCGUCAAGCUAUUUAUCAAACCGCUUGCCAUUGCUACGCAGAGUGAGGAAGAGCUUGUGACCGGCAUUAGCCAUGCCUUGAAUGACUAUGGUUGCCUCAAGGUUGAGCUCCUUCGCCGACAGCGGCCGUCACGGAACCAGACUCCUGGCAAUCUCUCGGGAUCCGCAUUUGUGUGGCUCGAGUCGGUCGACAAGGCCGAUAUGGCCAUCGAUGCUCUCGCAGGUACCACCAUUCCGUGCACAACUGGAGAUAUGGUCAUCGAGUAUGCGUCUGGAGAAAAGACUCGCUUGGAUGUGCUCGCCGCCCGCUCUGUCCUGAGACUCUCGCUGGUCAUCCCAGUCCCGCCCGCCAACCGCUCCACGGCUGCCAACUCGGACAAAACCGCCACCGCGGACAGCAACGCCACUUCCACCACUGCCGACACCGCUGCCGAAAACGACAGCGAGAGCAAGAUUGCGCCGAUGGCCGAGGCUGUCGACGACGACGUGUCCGCUGCUCUGCCCGUCCCUGCGGCAGACGCCCCGGCGCCCGCUGUCGAGCCCGAGCCCGCGUCCGAGCCCGCCACUGAGCCCGAGCCCAAGCCCGCUACCGAGCCCGAGCCCGAGUCCGAGCCCGCCACCGAGCCCGAGCCCGAGCCCGCUACCGAACCCGAGCCCGAGUCCACCGCUGGAGAAUCACAGGCUGACAUGGUGGUGGUGGAGGCGAUACCGGACAACGAAGCGGUGAUCAAGGCGCUUGAGGCUGUCAUCGCGCCGCAUGCACCGGUGCUCAGCAUUACCUUUGAUGACGACAAGCCAGGUAUGAGCCGCGGAGUCGUCCGCCACCUUCUUGUCACAUUUGCCACGGCCGAGCACGCCGCCGCCGCGCUGGCCGGCCUGGUCGCCGGCAAGGUCGAGCUGGAGACGUCCCCGCCGAUUGCGGUGGCGCAAGCCGUCAACUACGGCGAGUUCAAGCUCGCCCAGGCCGAGGCCGCCAAGCGCGAAAAGGCGCGCGCCAAGGAGGCCGAGCGCCAAGAGCGGGCGAGCCGGUCGGCCCGCCGCAAGCGCGGCGGCGGCAAGAUGCGCGCGCCAGGCAACGCGCGGGCCCACCCGUACGCCCGCCCCGGCGCCGGCCACGCCGGGUUCCACGGCCCACCACCGCCGCACCUCCGCCCGCCCAUGGGCGGUCCGCCACUUCACGGUCCGCCGCACAUGGCCAUGCCCCCGCCGGGCUACAUGCCACCGCCAGCCAUGCCACAUCAUCACAUGGGCCGCCCGAACAUGCCACCGCCCGGCCCGCCAGGACCGCCCGGCCCGCCGCAUCACAUGGGCAUGCAGGCGCCACCGCACCCGCCGCCGCAUCCGCUCCCGCCCGGCCCAAUGGGCUACCCCGCCCCGCAGCAGCCGCAGCCGCCCAUGGCGUUCGCUCCGCCGCCGCCGGGUAUCGCCAUGCCGCCGCACGGCCAGCAACACAUGAUGCCUCCGGGAGGCGGCUAUGCCGCGCCGCCGCCGCAACAGCCCCAGGGCAUGGCGUGGGCGCCGCAGCAACAGCACGGGCGCCCGCAGCACAACGCCCGCGGAGGCAAGGGCGCCGCCGACAAGACGCGCGAGCGCGACUCGCUCUACGUCGCCCACCUCCCGCCGGCGGUGAGCGAGGCUGACCUCCGCGCCCUCUUUGCGCCGUACGGCAACAUUGUGCACUGCCGACUCAUCAUCGACUUUAAGACCGGUGUCUCCAAGGGCUACGGCUUUGUGCGGUACGAGCCGCCGCAGCCGGCCUCGCAGAUGGCUAUUGCAGCGCUCAACGGGUGGUCGACCGGCACCGGCUCGCUCGUUGUCCGGUUUAAGAACCAGCAGCGGGCAAAGUAA